AUGCUUGACCACUGCAUCACCCUCGCCCCUGAACAGGACGUUGCAAUGCGCCUGAACGCGCUCAUAGAGCACGGAGUAAGGAAGCCCUGCGAACCACGCGAGAAUGUCCCUGACAGUACCGGGGUACCGCGGCUGAGACGGAACACGCAAGUGACAGAGACGCAGGUAACACUUGAGGUAUUCGUGGAGUUCGUCGAGAGGCUCCAUGAUAUUAUCGGUGAGCUCUCUAAUCUUCUGGCCGCUGCAGUCACUGUCGUUCCUGAGCUCGCCGUCCGGAACGCCCGCCGAGGUGACCCGGUAGCCGCGUUGCUGGAGGAACACGCCGAGGCCGCAGCCGACGUUAAUGUUGUAAUGUGCCCACCCAUCUGCGCAGCCCAUUCUGAGCUUAUUGACGGCGCGGAACAGCGUGUCGGCGAUGGUCAGCAGAACGAAGGCGCAUUUGGAGGCCUCCGGGGUGUGCGUCUUUUUCGCCGCGUCGACUAG